ACUGGCUUCUCUGCUGUGAUGGCAGCAAGGGUCUUCUGUUGGCGCUAUCGAGGAGCUGAAUUUAGGGGUUGAGAUGGACGGCGCGCCGAUCUUUUCGCACUUGUUCAGAGCAUUCUGCAUAAUUUCAAUGCACAGCACAAGGUCGUGACAAGCAACCUGUCUGCCUGGAGACUAUGGAUGCAAUCAAGUAGCAUUGAAAUGUGUCUAUGGUAUAAUAGAGAUCUUUCAAGUUUUUCUGCCGUUCAGCUUUCGAUACCCUAUAGGAGAAAAUUGGUAGGAUAAGAAAGAAUUGAUCAACAACUCAACCAUGGAGGCUAUUGCGAGUCGCAAGAGAAUCAAUCCCUCCAAAGACGCCGCCCCAAAUGCGCUAGCAGGCAAGGUGGCUCUAGUGAUGGGCUCUUCAUCCGGCAUUGGGGCUGCCAUUGUUAGAGAACUCUCAGCUCGAGGGGCUUCCGUGGUCAUCAACUACGGCUGGCCCGAUUUGGAACGCACUGUGAAUGAUCCUUGGAAAAGCCUGAAAAGCCCCUGGAUUGCCGUGGAAGGAGACAUAUCGACCACGAGUGGCCCCUCUCAUCUUGUGCAAGCCGCCGUCGACAAGUUUGGGAAACUCGACAUCAUCGUCAACAAUGCAGCCAAAGCAACGCUCGCCAAAGUGGAGGACACAAACGUCGACUUGUGGGAUGCGUCGAUGACCACCAAUGUCCGUGGGCCAUUCCUGGAGUGUCAGGCGGCAUUGCCACAUCUCCCAACCAAGUCGGAGGGUGGCGGCGGCAGGAUAAUCAACAUCACUUCUGCUGUAUCGACAGAUCCUGAGGUUCAACAAUUGGCAUAAGCAACUAGCAAGGGUGCGAUUGCGACUCUGACCCGUUGUCUAGCCAAAGAGCUACCGCCAACUUACGGGUGUACCGUCAACGCAGUGUCUCCUGGUAUCAUCAAAUCGCCACAGUUUCUUGGAGAACUGCAGAGAACGGGCGGCGCCUUUUUGAGGCAGAUUUUCGAUGCCAGGACCCCGGUAGAUGAUUGGAUCGGAUUAUCUGAAGAUGUUGCUUUCGCUGUUGCGUUCCUGGCAGAAGAGAGAGCCAGCUGGAUCAAUGGUACCAGUUUGAAUGUAUCAGGAGGGAUGUUUCUUGAUUGAUCUUAGCCUUUACAGUUGUGUCUCAAGUUUACUGUAUAGACCAAUUGCCAUCUAUCCACCCUAUAGAUGGCUGUGUGCUAUACAACUCUGCUAGUAACUCGUUCUCCUCCAGAGUGCUCAAGUCGGGAAAUGUGAUUCCGCUGACCACAUGAUCCCCUGCUGCCGGGAUGGAUAGAGCG